AUGCCUUGCGGCUCGUCAUCUCUUGGGAUUCAUGUGAUGCCUAAGAGUGAAAAUCCGAUAUCGUUCGAUUGGCGCACAAUUACUAAUGACAGUCUGAACAAUGAAAUAAUCAUCGGCAAGGACGUUAUAGACAACACCAUAUUCCGUAUGCAAGCAAAAAGUCAAGAUUUUAACAAUAUUAGUUGCUCUACUCCUUCCUUCAGCGGUCAAAUUUGCUAUCCUGAGUACUUUCCUUCCGUUCCCAUCUCACAUCAGUCUGAAAAGACUACUUCUUCUAGUGGUUGUGAUGAAGCUUGUGGUUCAAUUAUUGGAGGUGUUCUUGGAGGAAUUUCAACUAUUAUAGCUGCAAUAAUAGGAGUACGUUGUUACAGAAGGGAUCCCUCACCGUGA